AUGCAGGAAGAAGACCUGGAUCCACUCAAACUUGUGGAAUUGCGCCAAAGAGCUCUAUCAGUGUUGGCCCAGAGUGUUGAUGUGGAUGAAGUCAAUGAUGCUUAUGACCAGGGUGUAGAUGUUGAUGAAAUUGCUGAUGCUUGUGACGAGGGAGUAGAUGUGGAUGAGCUUGAGCUGUCUAACACUGCCCCUGCCACCUCUGGGGAUCCAGAGGCCUCAGAAAAUGAAGUGGGAUCAAACAGACGAAAGGAAGAAGCACCCCAACAAAGCACUGCUACUAGCAGUGCCAGCAUAAAUGUUGCAACAGUGGAACGCCAAGAGAGCAACUUUGACGUCCUAAAGGUUGCUGAAGCCAGAGCCAGAGCAGCCAACAUGGAACUAUCGCGGGUACAGCAUAUUGAUGCCUCUGAUCCAGCAAACAACCCGGAAAAAAUCAGUCCUGCAGGAUCACCAAGGCAGACUACAAUCACACAGAACGAAACCACCUUUGAUUUACUAAAGGGUGUACAAGCCCCUUUCUGUGACACCCAACAAAGAGGCCGGCUAACAUUCUUCCGUCACAACAUGCAAACGCUGGAUGGACAACAACCCCGUGUCAUUAACCCAACAAUGGCGGAAGCGGUGCAAGCAGUCAACCAGACAGUUUCUCCCGGAGCCUAUGCUGGAGUAUCUGUCCAGUCCGCUCGUCCUGGAGCCUAUGCGGGAGCUCCAGGGGCCAGCUUACACCGCAACAACACAAUGCGUUUUUCUAUUUUGGGACGAGAAGGAUUUUUUGAGAGUGCUUCUAUGACCUCCUUCCAGAGCGAAAACUUUGAAGCUGAUCCAACCAACGAGACAAACAGCAAUAGAAUGUCUGUUGCCAUCCCAGUUGACGAGCCUUCAACAACAAACUUGCAGACUGCACAAGAACUACAAACCAUCAGUGAGUCUGGACAAGGGUCGGAUGACGCAAGAAUCAAAAGACGCAAAGAGAACUUCAAAGCUACACUGAAGAUUGCAGUACCAGGGUUGCUUUUGAUUCUCGUUAUUGUACUCUUGCUCGUUUUCCUCUUGCCAGACAAAGAUCAAGUUGACGCAACAAAGUAUCCAACAACAGCACAAUCAAUGAACCCCACCCCGGCCACAACCUCUGUGGAAUCAUUCCUCCUAUCCCUGCUGCCUGAGAACACCACCAAGGCAUUGGAAGAUACAUCUUCAGCACAGUACCAAGCUUUUCAAUGGCUUCUAGAGGAUCCCUUCGUCUUUGGAUACCCAAAGCAGCGCAUACUCCAAAGGUAUGCUCUGAUGACUGUCUUCUAUGCGACCGCUGGCCCAACUCAAUGGUUCAACAAGACAGGGUGGGGAAGCUACUAUCUGCAUGAAUGUGCAUGGUUUCAAAAUCAAGAAUUUGCUCUCAAGUCAUUCAUAGGAAAGCUAUACCCGGGCUUCCUAUCGGGGUUCUUGGAGCCUCUACCUGACAUACAGUGUGACAACCAAGGACGCUAUCAGCAUUUGUGGUUGGAUCAGAACAAUCUUGUGGGUUCACUGCCCAAGGAACUUUACAGCUUGACCUCACUUGAGACCUUUUCUGCUGGUCUGAAUCCUCUUGUUGGCUCAAUAUCGAGCUACAUUGGACAGCUUCAGCAGUUGCGGGGGCUUGCCAUUUUCUCGACUGGGCUGUCUGGAUCCAUACCAAAGGAAAUGGGCAGCAUAUCAUCAUUUGAAGUCAUUGGGCUGAAUGACAACAAGCUGGAAGGGUCCAUUCCGGAUGAACUUUGGCAACUAAGCAAUCUGGACAGCCUUGUGCUUGGCCGUAAUGAGAAGUUACGAGGUACUAUUCCAUCAAGUGUUGGUGCUUUCCCAAAGUUGAGGUGGCUGGUAUUGGAUGACUGUGAUCUCUCUGGCAAUCUUCUCCAAGGGACUCUUCCCAGUCAACUCGGUCUUCUGAAAACAUCCCACAUUCUCCUGCGCCACAAUUUCUUCACUGGCACUCUCCCCUCUGAGCUGGGUCUCACUCCACUUCAAUGGCUAGGCAUUGAGUCAAACCAGCUUUCUGGUGCCAUUCCCAGUGCUUUCUCUAGCCUUUCCAAUUUUGAGCAUUUCUCUCUAGGCGACAACAGCUUCACUGGAGAAAUUCCUUCUGAGUUUGGACUUUUGACAUCCCUGAAGAGGCUUAGCAUGGAAAACAAUCACCUCCGUGGAACUGUUCCAGCGGAAUUGGCUUCCUUGCAGAAAUCACUUUACAGCUUCCGGAUUGAUGGAAACCCACAACUCUCUGGUGUGAUACCAGAACCUCUUUGUAUGGUGAAUGGCACAUGCAUUAGCGAUAGUUUGGGAUCUCAUUGUGAGGGGUAUUCUGGAACAUCUUUUGACUGCACCGAGUUGUUGUGUGGGUGCGACUGUCCCUGCUGA